CUUGUUUCCUCAAAUAUUACUAUUAAUUCUUUUUUGAGUGAAUUGUAACAUGUAUUUCAUCUAGCAUGCCUCUCUUUUGCAAUUCCAAUAUGGGUUCAUAAUGGCUAUCAGUUUUGUGUGUCAAGAAUUGAGAAUGGAGGUGGAGCAGGAAAUUAUCAAACUUUGGGAAUGAAACGGGCUCUUCUAGAAUAUGUCUGUGGGCUUCUCUCAUUUCCUGUAGAAUCUUCUCCCAUUGUUAGAGUUCAUUCAGACAUGCAAAUAUGCAAUAUUUCCCACGGGUUUCACAAACAUCAUGCUUGAAAAUUGAAUGAAUUUAUUUUGCAGGGUGUUCUAUUUGCCUACAUGUCUUUAUUUGCUGGAUCUGUUGUAGCUCUUGGAGUGAUAGUGUCUGCAAAACCAUUAGAUGAUUUAGGGUACAAGGGGUUGACUGUUGAUCAGAAUGUUGUUACCUCUCCUUAUGCAUCAUCUGUUUACCUUGGUUGGGCAGUGGCAUCUGCAAUUGCUUUAUUAGCUAGUGGCUUGCUGCCCAUCAUAUCAUGGUUUGUAACAUAUCGGUUUCCCCUCUCAUCUGGUAUUUCUAUUGGUGUAUUUGCAGGUAAUUGAUUCCUUCUCACUUUAAAGAAGUGUUCAGUGUCUCGUAUUUGAAAGUUGUGAGUUUGAGGGUUGAUCAAGUCCUGAUGAAGGAAGACUUCUUGGCUGCAUUGCUUCCACUGUUAUGCAUUUUUGCAGUCCUUUCACUUUCUUCUGGUUUAUUUAAAUGGAAAGAUGAUAACUGGAAGCUUUAUCGAGGUGCCUAUAUAUUCAUUAUUAUUGGUCUUCUUCUUCAGCUUGGUGCCAUUUCGGCCAUCAUAGUUACAGUGCAUCCUUGGAGGAUAGGAGCAACAUUUCUCUUAGUUCUCCUCCUUCUAGUUCUAGCUAUCGGUGCGAUUCAUUAUUGGGCCUCAAAUAAUUUCUAUCUGAAAAG